GAUGCUGGGCCGCCCGGGGCGCUGAUCGCGCUCGCCGCCCCAGCCGGGCCGCUGCGCUCCAGGCCCCGCAGCAUGCAGGCGCGCUACUCCGUGCCGGACCCCAGCGCGCUGGGGGUGGUGCCCUACCUGGGCGAGCAGAGCUACUACCGCGCGGCAGGCGGCUACGGCGGCAUGGCCGGGCCCGUGGGCGUCUACCCCGGCCACCCCGAGCAAUACGGCGCGGGCGCAGGCCGGCCCUACGCCCCCUACCACCAGCACGCGCCCGCGGCACCCAAGGACCUGGUCAAGCCGCCCUACAGCUACAUCGCGCUCAUCACCAUGGCGAUCCAGCACGCGCCUGAGAAGAAGGUCACGCUGAACGGCAUCUACCAGUUCAUCAUGGACCGCUUCCCCUUCUACCGCGAGAACAGGCAGGGCUGGCAGAACUCCAUCCGCCACAACCUCUCGCUCAACGAGUGCUUCGUCAAGGUGCCGCGCGACGACAAGAAGCCGGGCAAGGGCAGCUACUGGACGUUGGACCCCGACUCGUACAACAUGUUUGAGAACGGCAGCUUCCUGCGGCGGCGCCGGCGCUUCAAGAAGAAGGAUGUGCCCAAGGAGAGGGAGGCGCGCGCCGUGGCCCGGGAGCCGCCCCCCGCCGCUGCCCAGGGCGCCCCGGCCGGGCCAGGCCUCGCCGACGCCGCGCCCGAGGCCGAGCGCAAGGUGGUGGUCAAGAGCGAGGCGGCGUCGCCCGCGCUGCCGGUCAUCACCAAGGUGGAGGCGCUGAGCCCCGAGGCCGCGCAGCGGGGCAGCCCGCGCAGCGCCGAGUCCUCUCCGGCCGGGUCCCCCGACGGCUCCCCGCCCGCGCACCACGCCGCCGCGCCCAACGGGCUGCCGGGCUUCAGCGUGGAGAGCAUCAUGACGCUGCGGGCGUCGCCUCCCGGGCCCGAGCUCAGCCCCGCGGCCGGGCGCGCGGGCCUCGCGGUGCCGCCGCUCGCGCUGUCUUACUCCGCUGCGCCGCCCGCCGCCUACGGGCAGCCGUGCGCGCAGGGCCUGGAAGCCGGGCCCGCGGGCGGCUACCAGUGCAGCAUGCGCGCCCUGAGCCUGUACACCGGCGCCGAGCGGCCCGCGCUGGACGACGCCCUCUCGGACCACCCGGGCGGCCCCGCGUCGCCGCUGAGCGCACUCGGCCUCGCGGCCGGCCAGGAGGGCGCGCUCGCCGCCGCGGGCCACCACCACCACCACCAGCACCCAGGCCACCACCCGCAGGCGCCGCAGCCCGCGCCCGCGCCGCAGCCCGGGGCCGCCGCGGCCCAGGCGGCCUCCUGGUACCUGAACCACGGCGGGGACCUGAGCCACCUCCCCGGGCACGCGUUCGCGGCCCAGCAGCAGCCGUUCCCCAACGUGCGGGAGAUGUUCAACUCGCACCGGCUGGGGAUGGAGAACUCGGCCCUCGGGGAGUCCCAGGUCGGCAACGCGAGCUGUCAGCUGCCCUACAGAGCCACGCCGUCCCUCUACCGCCACGCAGCCCCCUACUCCUACGACUGCUCCAAGUACUGACCCGGCCCUGCCCGCCCCGGGACGAGACCCUCUCCGCCAGUGCAGCUGCAGAGAAACAAAACUCGGCCGCCGGCUCUUCCCCAGACUCGGAGCCAGCGGGCUGGGAAGCGCGCAGGUAACUAACGCGACGCCCCGUUCCUGGGACCCCAGCGAGCCCCGCUAAAGGGACAGCCAGCGAGACGAACAUUGCUCUAGAGGCCCCCUCCCCUGCUGGAAGCUGUGUUCUGCCCCCCUGGGGGCCUCAAAGAUUAAGUUAUGGACCAGAUCCCAUAGCGGCCCACCAAUGACUUUCCGCAGCGGCCCCAUAGGUGUAUGGGGGUCCCUACGGAUAAUGUGUGUGUUGUGUGUAAUUUUAAAUUUCUCUAACCGUGCUGUAAAAAUGUGUGGAGGAUUUGUAAUCGGGCUAUUUUUUGUUGUUGUUCAGAGCCAUUAAUAUAAUAUUUAAAGUUGAGUUCACUGGAUAAUUUUUCAUCUUGCCCAACCAUUUCUGCCAAAUUUAACUCAAGAAACCUAUGUGGGUGAGCUAUAAUUCUUUUCCCAGCUGUAGGUCUUUUACAAAAACAAGGAAAUAAUUUAUUUUUUGUUGGUGGAUAAAGAAGUCAAGUAUCUGAUACUUUUUAUUUACAAAGUUUGAUGGUUUUGUAUAGUAGAUUUCACCCUAGUAUUCCUAAAAGAAAAAAAAAGCAGAAAAAUUUAACUUCAUCUGUGUUUGUCUUAUGUGGUCUUAAUUGUUGUAUUUACCUUAAAAUAAACCCAUGUCGUUUUUCUGCCCAAAGUUCAAA